GUUGUUUCUUCCUUCACCCAAACCAAAUAAAAUGUGUUCCUCUGUUGAACUGACCCUCUGACAUGAUGUGACCCUCCAGAGUCCAGCUCUAACACCCGGGUGUCGUGACGUCACUAUGGCUGCCGACACUCUGCUCCACUGCGUCUCCUCCACCCCCGGCCGUUACAUCGGUUCCCCCCUCACGGGCGGCGACACCCCAGUUCGCUGCGGCCGGGUUAGCCAAGAUCAGAUCAUCCUGGGCAAGCUGCUGGGGACGGGAGGGUUCGGGAGGGUGUACGUGGCCAACGUCAGGGGGCGGACAGUGGCCGUGAAAAUGUACCAGAAGCACACCGCCAACCCCGCGGCCACCCGCAAGUCCUACAACAACGAGCUGAUGGCGUUCAGACUAGGACUCAAGCAUUGCAACGUGGUCAGCGUGCUGGGCGCCACGUCACUCCACGACUUCGAAGAUGACUCGUGGAUCGUCAUGGAGUACGUGGGCGAGAGAAACCUCCAGGCCGUCAUCAACAACCCCGAGGAGGUCAUCGACAGGAACCAGAGGCUUAGCUUCGCCUUGCAGAUUGCGCGCGCCUUGCAGUACUUGCAUUCCAUCAACCUGGUGCACCUUGACCUCAAGCCUGCCAACCUGCUGCUGACGUCAGACGGCCGGCUCCGGUUGGCUGAUUUCGGCAACUGCCACCUGCUGCUGCAGGACAUGGCGAGGGAGAGGGAGAGAGAGAAGGAAGGUGACGCGGGGGGACUGCGAGGAGUCCAGGGGUCGUGGCGGUGUGAACUCGCCGGUACUCUCGCCUACAGGGCCCCCGAGCUGUUGAAAGGAGAGCCACCCUCCCUGCAGGCUGACAUCUACUCACUGGGAAUCACUCUGUGGCAGAUAAGGACUCAAAGGGACCCCUACGAAGGGCUGCCGCCGCACGCUGUUGUGUUUCAAGUGGUGGCGCAGGAGCUUCGCCCACGCCGACCCUCCAACGACGGUGACGACCCUUUCGAGGUCAUCUUCCGGGACCUGUACACCCAGUGCUGGGCGGCGGCCUCCGAGGACCGACCCUCUUCCCAAGACGUUUUACACGUGGUGGGGCUGUGGAUGGAUCAGAUGUAGACCGGAAGUGGAGAUGUGGAUAAUCUUCCCCUUUGGAUAAUCUCGCGCCUCCACGUCUUCUAAGAGUCAAAUUUUUGUUAAUUUAUUUAUUUGUCAGAAAGCCAGAGCUCCACCAAAUGGAGUCGUGUGACACCCACCCCUUUCCUUCCAUCCUUCUAUUCUUGCGCCGGAGGGAAAGCAGGCCGUUACUCAAUCAAAACAACUUCCCUCCCCUCUCUCUCCCUCCAUGGCGGACAGUUUUUCAUGCAAUGGCCUCCCGCGGGAUGCAAUCGAUUCUGCAAUCUUUCUCCUUGUAGUGUUUCCACGUAGUUACACGUGAUUGUCACGUCAGAAUGACGUAACCACGUAGCUCUGUGUAAAGCAUUACGGCGUGACACUCUUCUUCAUCGGAGUCAUUCUUCAUCGCGUGUCACUGUGUCAGACCUAGAAGUAAGCCAUCAGUUAUUGUUUU